CUCACAGUAUAACUACCUCACCAUCCAGACCAGUCCCAGCCAGUCAAGAACUCGAACGCCCAAACCAUAGCCAAACCCAAAGCCCUCUAUGGUUCUUGGUUGUUGCGCCUUCAGAACUUUUUUUUUUCUUUUCCGUUAAUGUUCUCUCUGUUCUUCAUCCGAGUUUUGACUGGAAAGUAAACCCAAAAGCAUUAGAUCCUCGGAGAUUCCGCACUCCGAGCUACUGUUCUUGAUUUCAAGACGUGGAGUGUGAUAGGAACGAGCACCGACACCAUAUUCUAUGACUAUCAGUUGAUUUUGGUACCUCCAAUGGCGGUUUCAGUGGUUUAGAUUUGGUUGGUGUGUCGUGCUGCAUGCGUUAACUGGAAACUAGCUUGUUUGGUUUGAGCCUGAGAAGAUUUUUGUGCUACGAGUUGAAGAGCGGCUUGCUCUUUGGUGAUCUUCUAUUUUCAUCUAGUAUUGAAGGCUUGGAAUCUUUCCUGUAAUGAGAUAUACCCAAAGCAAGUAGAAACACUGCAAAUACAACUGGAACUUAGUGAACCUAUAUGGUUACAUGGAACAAGUUGAGACUAAAAGAAAUUAUCAUGAUCAACGACCCUUGGAUACCUCAAGGCGAAUUUCACUGUGCCAUGCUAGCCAAAGUAUAAAGCUACAUGAGCCUUUCAAAAAGGAAAGACAUAGCUUUACAUAUGGCGAAGUCAAUGAUAGCCCUUGUAAGGCUUCUAGAAAUCAUCAGAAGGAUGUAAUUUCAGGAAAGAUGACCAAGAAGGAGGAAAUUAUAAGAUACAUGUCAAAUUUACCCUGCUAUCUAGAACGUGGUGAACACGUUCGGGAGAAAGUUCUUAGUGUAGGGGUUCUUGACUGGGGGCGUCUAGAAAAAUGGCAGCAUGGCCACAAACAAUUAUCAAGUAGAAGUAAUGGAUCUCCAUCCUCUUCAUCUGAUUGCCCAUCUCCCCAUUUUGGCUAUGAUCACAUCUCUUCUCCUCGUCAAAGAAUACAUCGUCCUUCACUCUAUUCUCAUCUGCUAGCUUCUCCUCAUUCCCAAUUUGUUAGAUCCUUUGGAGAAACAAAUGAAAAAGGCCAAGAUCUUAAAUUUGUCCAUAGUAACACCUUAAGUUGCCUAGGAAAGUCCAUAAAAAGUAGCCAGCAUUCCUUUAAAGCUGAUAGGGAAGUAAAGAUAAAACAAUCUGAGAAGACAGGUUCAGAGACAAAAGUUCUCCAAGAAUGUAAACCUCCGCCAGGUGCCGUAUGCUAUGAGGUUGCAUCUUCUCAAUGUGGGGAUUUUAUUGGAGUAGAGACGUCUCGAUCACAAAAAGAUUCUGUACAUCAGCAUGAUGUCUUGGAAAAACCUGAAGCAAGUGUCGCUUCACCCAGCAGCUUACUGAAAAACAAUGAUUCAGAAGUCCAUGAGUUUUCUGAUUCAACAUUCUUAUUAAGUCAUAGGUCCAAAGAAAGAAGUCAGAAGAGAUUACUGAAGAGGUCUACGGUGAGUUUGCCUGCAAAGCUCAAAGAUGAUCUCUCAAACGCAAGCAAUACACACUGUAUAAUUAACGGGAACCAGUUUCUGCAAAAGCACAAUUGCUCCAUAAAUGCACGCAAUAAUUCUCGCCCUGUAUCCAGUUCAGUUAGAGCAGGGUGUAGUCCGUCCAAAGGUAGAAUAUCUGAAGAAAAAACAUCUGUUGUUGCACCUUUAAAUUCAAUGGUCAAGGAGGCAUCUAUUGGGUUGGAUGUGAAAGCAAGCACAGUUGCUGUUGUUAAAGGAAGAAGCUCUUCACCCUUUAGUCGAUUAAGCAUUGGCAUGGGUAGGAGAUGUAAAAGUUACAGUUCUGCAGGGAACUCAUGCGCUAGCGAUCAAAGUUCAGCACAUAUAGCAGUCCAAUCUGGAUCAGAGAAUGCUAUGCCUUCAGCUUGCUUGAAUGAUUUGAGGAAUGAGAAACCCAGCAAUACAGGCAGAGCCAGUUCCAGUCCUCUUAGAAGGUUGCUGGAUCCUUUACUAAAGCCAAAGGCUGCAGUAUACCAUCAUGCUGUGGAACCUAUAGAGAAAGACUUAAAUAGCAUGGCUGAUAAAAAAUAUAAUCGACCGGCAGAUUCAUCAGCAGUACAAUUAAGGAAACUUAAGCUAGACAUGAGCAGAUGCAGGAAAAUCAGUGUCAAUGAUUCAGCAGUGGACAAGAAGCAUGAACCUUCUGACGUUCGUGCUCUUCUACAAGUAACAUUUAAGAAUGGCUUGCCUCUGUUCACCUUGGCAGUCGACAAUGUCUCCAACAUUCUUGCAGCUACGGUGAAGUUAACCAGCUCCAGAAAAGGGGCAGUUAGCCAUACUUACACUUUCUUUACUGUUCAGGAAGUUAAAAGAAAGACUGGAAGUUGGAUAAAUCAAGUUAGUAAGGGGAAAGGUCGUGAUUACAUCUCCAAUGUCAUUGCACAAAUGAAGGUUUCUGAUUCAGAGCUUUCCCUCUUGACCCGACCAGAUGAGCCCUCUACCAGAGAGUUUGUCUUAUUUUCUGUGGACUUGAGACAGGCAGAUCACCAGACCUCAGAUUUUCUACCAAAUGAAGAGCUAGCUGCUAUAAUUGUCAAAAUUCCCCCCAAAAUCAAGCAAGGCACCAUUACCGAUGAGGUUAAACUGAGUUCUUACAACAACUCGUCUGAGGGUAGCGCACAGCUUCAGCUUCCUGCUGGCAGUGAGUCCUUUAUCAGUGCAACAGUGUUACUUCCAGGUGGUAUGCAUAGCCUCCCGAGUAAAGGUGGACCUUCAUCCCUAAUAGAACGUUGGAAUUCUGGUGGAUCGUGCGACUGUGGGGGUUGGGAUUUAGGUUGUAAACUCAGAGUUUUUGCCAAUCAGAAUCAAAUAAUCGGGAAAUCAAGUUCAUCACAACCUUCUCCAAUAACAGACCAGUUUAAGCUUUUACCUCAGGAAGGAGUACCAGAAAACCAUUGCGUCCUGAGCCUGGCUACUUUCAAAGAUAUGAUAUACUCAGUUGAGUUUGAUUCUUCUUUAUCGCUUCUGCAAGCAUUCUCCAUUUGUCUGGCAAUGAUAGAUUGUAGGAACUCACGUCAACUUCCAGAAGCAAGUAUCUUAUUUGAAUCUAAGACUUCAGGAAAGUCAAAGUUAAUGGAUAAUGAUAGAUUGUUGACUCCUAAUCCUCCUGAAAGAGAAGCUCCUGCAGAACAUAUAACUUGUCCGCCACUUUCUCCUUUUGGAAGGAUCUAGCUGGAAGUUUGGACUUCGUUCGAUGUGUAAAUGAUAUCAGGUAUACAUUUCCAGGCCCGGCAAUCAAUUUUUACUCUUGUUGAUCGGGGCCUCUCAUAGAUAGAUCUGGAACCUGAAUAACCUUUUGUCUUUAAAAUGCUCUGUUCUUCUUUGGCAGUCAAUCUAUACAAGAGCCGAAGGUCUUUGUAGCUUCUAAUAUUUUUUGUUAACCAUAGAGAAAAAAAUAGUGUAUGUACUUUCAAGGGACUCAAUCAACAUCCAUCUAAGUGUGCAUAUACACAAGUAGACUGUAAAUUUUGUUUUGGUUAGUAUGAGAACAUCAAAAUUAUUGUUCCCUUGCCAACUUGAGUCAAGCUCGACUAGCAAAAUAUUAUUCUCAACCAAACGAUAAACCUUUUGAAAACGUCCUUUAAGCCAUCGACUUUGAUGAUGACAAUGACUCGAGGGUUCAAUAACUCACACUCAAGUUUCAUUAGACAAUAGAAGAUCUUUCCAUUUAGCUAUCCUUAUACAUCACAAGUUCUCAAAAUCUGUUACUAUCACACAAUGUUCUCAUCAUCAUGUUCAUUGCCACACACCACAUUCCGUCCUUAUCUCAAACAAAAUUCAAUAGAAAUGUGUGGAUGAGAGUGUGAUACAUUACAUUGUCAAAUAGGGAAUAACAGAACUUCUGAUAUUAAUCUUUUUCGUCCCUAAUCUUUGAAUGGAGUCGUCAAUUUUCCCCUCUAUUUUAAAUAGCGAAUGAAGAAGGCUGCAUGUGUCAUGUUGCCUCCUUUAGGCAGCCAGGUCUGGCAUAGGCCCACGAUGCUCUGUUUAGUGGUCUUUCUUGUCUGAGAUGCCCCACUUGAGUUCUACCCCCGAUCAUCCUGCCUUUUAGCUUCUUUUUUUGGGCAUAUUCCCUUUCCAUUGAACUUUGAAGCAUGGAAUUGGUAUAACCCACCUGUUACAUCGCGCUACUAUUCUUAGGCUUUCUUCCAGUACUAGCUCCAUGUUUUUCUUCUGACAUGCCCCUUAGGGAUAGGGUGUUGUUUGACUUGCAAUUUUAACAGAUCUGUAUUUGUGUAAUGUACAAUUGAAAGUUUGCAUUUAUGUAGCUCAUAUUUGAACUGUGGAGGGAUAUGAGUUGUAU